AAAUUUUGCGAAAAGGUACGAGAGAUUCAUUUGGAAUCUGGUAGCCUUCACACCAUGAGUUUAAUACCAUCAUUAGGUUUUAUUGGCGGAGGGAAAGCAGCACAAGUUCUUGCUAAAGGAUUUUUAUCCGCUGGAGUUAUCAAGGCAAAUGAAAUCUUCGCCAGUGCUCCGUCUGAAAGAGACUUGAACCAGUUUCGCACCAUGGGCUGUAACGUGAGUAACGAUAAUAAGUGGGUAAUGAAAGAAAGUAAUUUUGUGUUCCUCGCAAUAAAGGCCAAAGUUUUCCCUGAUGUUUUCAAAGAAAUUUCUCCUGUGGCAACGAGAAAUCAUUUAUUGGCAUCCAUUGCGGCUGGAGUUACCUUGGAUUAUAUGCAAAAUUCCUUGCCGGGAAGAAGUCGGAUUGUUCGAAUGAUGUUGAACACCCCAGUGCAGUUUCGCGAAGGAGUCACCGCUCUAACAUUCGGUAAAUUUGCCCGUGAAGAAGAUUACACCCUUGUACACCAGCUGAUGUCUUCUGUGGGAUAUAGCUUUGAUGUUGACGAAGAACUGAUGGAUGUGAUGACUGCUCUAACCGGUGGUGGGCCAGCCUACCUGUACAUGGCGAUCGAAGCUUUAGCGGACGGCGCUGUUCGGGCCGGAUUGAAUCGCCAAGAAGCCAUGAAAUUAGCGGCUAAAACGUGUGCUGGAGCAGCAAAAAUGGUGUUAGAAAGUGGACAACAUCCAGGAGAACUGAAAGAUGCUGUGUGUUCUGCCGGGGGUUCGACUAUAGCUGGAAUAAACGCUCUUGAAGAGAGUGGUUUUCGAGGAGCUUUGAUGAAAGCUGUUCACGCCGCCACCGAACGUGCUAAAGAACUCGGAAAAAACGGCACACGGUGAAAAAAGCUAAAGAAAGGAUAAAUUCAGCGUUGAAACGUUUCUCUGGUUUAAAUAUAUGAUGAAAUAUAGCCGAAUUGUUGCCAUACCGACAAAUAAAAAUUAUAUUUUAUUGGGAGAUUCCUCGGCUCGACCUAUGCCACGUGGCUAUCCUGUUUACACCAGUGUUACUACGUCAGUCUUCGCGCCAAUUGGUCACAAAUAACUGUUUAAAUAUUGACUCUCUGGUGGGAUGACACAGAAACAAUAACUCUAUUUAUGACCAGCAGCCACCUGUAGGUGUGUUGCUUCAUCGUCUUAUUUUGAAAAUAGAAUUUGAGGAGAAAUAUAUUUAUAAUCUCCAUUGGCCGGGUGAGAAAUAUAUUUUUAUCUAGUAGUUGGUUAAACUUUUAAAUUUUCCAGUCAAAUUGAUUUUAUUGCUAUAUUUAGUGCUAGAUUAAUUUCUGAUCUUAUGUAGGUUGCCAUUGGAACAAUUUGUUUGUUUGGGACUACACUAUACAGAAAAUGCUAACCUUCAUGGAAAAACGAAAAAUAGAUUUUAAUUAAUUAAAAAUUUUUAAAGUUAUAAAUGUUUAGCUUGUUUACUUGUCUUUCAGUCAAAACACUUGAAUUAGGUGCACAUAGGCCACUCUAAAAGUUUGAUUUAUUCAGGUAACGUCGCAAUUGGCCAAAUACAAUAUCUACUGUUAUGCUAUUUUUAACCCUUUCACUUCCAAGAUCUCAUUUGUAAUUCUCAAAACUGUCUGCCAUACAAUUCUUGGGAUGUUAGUUAGAGAAUCUGGUACUGGACCAACUAAUAAUUCCCCAAUUUAUUUAUAUAUUUUUUUUUGUAUGUUUGAUAUUGUAAAGAGAAAUUCUUUCAGAUAUGGUUUGACGCUACUCUGCUUUAAAGAUUUAAUGAAUGUAACUGAAAAGUUACAAUUUUUAGACCCAAGUUUCGACACUGCUGUCUAGUGCCUUCAUCAGGGGUGAUCUAAACAUUGCAACAAGAGGUCGUUUUAUACACUCACUAAUUAGCUAGCCUUUUUUCUGACAAGAUGUAAAUAGGUGUCAGGAAGUAAGCCGCCAUCAUCAUGAUAUAUAGGAGCAUGGGCGGAGUUGAUAUGCCAGGCUCCCAGACAAAGGCGCCAGUGGUAAUGCCGAUAAGUGGUGAUAAUUUUAGACUUGUCCCACCCAGUUGUAUGGUUGGUUAGUCAUGUGUGCCCUGAUAAAGCUGAAUUUUCUUUUUUGCAGAAGAAGACCGCUUUUGAUGCUCUUUCAAACGUGUACCAAACUGAUGUUUGGUCUGUCCAAUAUACUCGUGAUCAGAGUCGUUGCACUGAAUAGAAUCAGUAGUGUGGGUUCAUUGUUCUUUCAUAACAGGGUCUUCACGUUCGGCAAAAAUAUGCCCCAAAGUCUGAAAAGGUUUUUGAGCUACUCUAACAUUGUGGCUAUUCAGAAUUUUCUUGAUGGGUUUCAUAACACCCUGAAUGUAUCACCCCUCAACUCUGCCCAUGCUCCUUUAAAUCAUGAUGAUGGCAGCUUACUUCCUGACGCCUAUUUACAAUGUUAGGGUUAGAGCAAUAGCUGUCAUAUAAUUAAAGAUUCUUGAAAGAGAUUGAGCAUAAUGUGUUGUGUCAGUGGGGAG